AUGCAAAGUCGAAGCGGCGUCCGUCUAUCGGCAAUACAAUACAAUAUCAUUAUAACUACACAAAAUCAAGUAGAGAAAGUUGGAUAUUAUUGUAUAUUCCUCCAUUUCAUAACUCUGGACGAAGAAAUGGCUAAAAUAACCGAUCUCUUAAGAAUUACAGCUGCGCCAUCAUAUUCCUUUGAAGUAACGCCAGACGUACAUGAAGCUGAUUUGGAUAAUUUGCCUCUAGAGCCGACUUUUUUCUCAGUAACUUGGCAUGCCAAAUCACACUUAAACAAAGAUUUAGAUAUAGCUCCUCUUAAACUUGCAAAGCUUCUGCGAAGUAAAAAUAAGAAUGUUCUGUUGCAUUUAACAUGCGAUUUGCUAAGAAAAGACUAUCUGAGUAAACUAUUGCAGUUACUUCAAGACAACGGAAUAUGUAAUUUGUUUAUAAUGCUAGGAGAAAGCUAUGACCCUUCCUUGUCUGACUUCCAAUCCAGCGACGAAUUGAUUAAAGAAAUCAGAAGAGAAUUUGGAGAUUAUUUCUGCAUAGGUGUAGCAGGAAUGCCAGAUUGUAAUGACGAAAGACUACUUAUACUUAAAAUGAAAGUUAACAUUGGCGCAAAUUUUAUCCUUACUCAGGCAUUCUUUGAAAGUGAUGUCUUUAAUCAGUUUACAAGAAAGUGUAAAAGUGUUCAGAUUGAUGUUCCAAUCAUACCAGGUGUAUUCUAUUUUGAGGAUUACAAACAGUUAAAUGGUUUUAUAAUCUUGUGUAAAAUUAAAGUAUCGCAAAAUGUCUUAGAUUACGUUAAGGUUAAAGAAUCGACAGUAAAUGUUGCGCCAGGUAAAGAAAUUACCCGAGAACUUAUUCGUUCUUUAUAUACUGAACAAGGUGUCAAUCACUUCCAUUUAUUCACACUAAACAAAUUUGAUAGAGUGUGUUCUUUCCUAAGAGAGCUUGAGGCCUAA